UCUAUCUUUAUAUUCGGUGGUGUUGCAAUUUACGUGGUUGUGUUUACUUAAUUCAGCAAAUAUUUGGCGUAAUAUAGUUGCCAAUCGAAAACAAGUUAGCAAUAUGCAUUUUAAUUUUUGAACAAUUUAUGGAAAAAAUGGACAUUAGUGGUUCUUGAAAUCAGAAGUUUUGGUUUUAUUCCAAUGGCCACUUCUACCUCAUACGGUGGGAUUCAUUCUUCCCUUUUGCAAAAGCAAAUGUCUUUCAAGUCUUCAGUAGGACAUCAUGGCCAAUUUACAAAAGUUGAUGAUUUGGAAGCAGUUGAAACUGGAAAUAAUGACGCAACUUCAUCGCUCGAAUACAAAAAUGUAAAUCUUGGGAAAUAUAAAUCUGCUAUGAGUUGCAUAUGUUGUAUUCCAUGCUCCUGGAUACGUUCUUCAACUGCAGUACAUAAAAUAGCUAUAACAGCAGCAACAUUAGUUGUGACUUCAUUACUUGUGGCAUCCCCCAUUCUGUUUCUUAUCAGUACUGCACCGUCGCAACUGCCGCGAGAUUGUUACUUGGAUGAUAAUAACUGCAUUGGUGUAACAGCUGCACCACCGGAAUGCUCCGAGCCGAUAUGUAAAACGGCAGCCCAUAACAUUCAUGGCAACUUAAAUUGGAAUUUAAAACCAUGCACGGAAUUCAAAAACUUUAGCUGCUCUAAUAUCUCUUCUAACUCACCCAGAAUCAACGUAGCUCGCAGCGCUCAAGAAACAGUGGAUUUUCAAAUGCAGGAUCUCUUACAACACAAUACAACAAAUGGUCCUUUUAGAAAGCUUGGACGGUUGUACGGGAGUUGCUUACGUCAAGUCGCAGACUCCCCUUCAGUUAAGAUACUGCUGAACCAGUUGGGUGGAUAUUUGCCAAUUGGUGCUGUUGGACCCUCCAGUAUUUCAGAACUUUUAUCCAACAUAGAUCAAUUAGGUCCAUCCCCUGUCCUUGAUGUAUACUUUGAUCUAAGUUAUGGUAAACGCCCGCAUGCUAUUCUAAUUGUUAGCGCUCCAAGCACAUCUUCUCCCAUUCUUGAAAAUAAAGUAAGGUGGACUGGUCCUAAAGCUCCUCCAUUUCGUUUAAAACAAGAUCUGCAUAAGCUAUUACCUGAUAUAUUGGAAACGUUUUUACCAAAUGGGCUCUCGGAUGAACAACGUGAAUCUGAAAAUGAGGACAUAACUACAUUUAUAAAGGAGUUAAGCAAGAUACGGGUUGCGCAUUCGGAGGGAGGAUUUUGGGAGAGCACAGUUAUAUACAAUGUCUCGUCUAUGCAACAAAGGUACCCCUUGACCGAAUUCGUAUUUAAAUCGCUUAAAGCGUAUUUGAAAAGAGCACCAUCUCUUAAGGGAGCCGCCUUAGUGAAGUUAUCUGCUCUAAAAGUUCAAUCGGAUCUCUGGAAUGGAUUUCUUAAUGUGUCGAUGUUAAUAUCAAGUCUUCAAUCCGUUGAAAUAUCGUCUGACAAUUGGAUAGAUAACGUUUUAAACAUAUACAAAGGCAAAUUUAGCAUACCAACAGAAAAAAGUUUUAAUUCAGAAUCGCAUCAAACAUGGGCAUAUCCGAUUGUUGCAAAAACUUUCUACGACACUUUAAGUCACUCAAUAGGUUUUGUUCGACAUUCCAGUGAUCUAUGGUGAGACUAGUUAGUACAUUUAUGUUUAUCUUCGAUGGCUGUUUAUGAUGUCAACGAUGAAAAUUGGGAUCACAUUCUUGCGUUUUUGUGUCUGCAACGACUGCUAAAACCUACUCAGACACUUUGGAACUUUUAUCUUGGAAAAACUUGGAUACUUUUUUCCCAGAGCGUAUUUGUAUGUUCAUGUGUCUUCCUGACAUGCAUGGUUCUAAUCAAUCUAAACGGUCAAGUAGUAAAAAAGUUCAAGCGCAUCAUUGAAAUGUUAAUGUGUCUGAGUCCCGCGAUCUUCCCGCGUCGAAAAUUGUUUCGUUUGUCAGAAUCAACGACAUAAAUUUAGACCCGAUGAUCGGUAUAAAUUAUGAAGUGCGAUCAUCUCUGUAAAAUUGUCCUCUUAAAGGUCAUAAAGUAAAAAAAAUGUGUUAGUUCGAAAUGUAAUAAAGUCCAUCAUACAAUAAUGAUUCGGGAACAUAUUACAAUGGUAAUUCGACUCAAAUUUCCAUCGGAAAAUCUAAUGUUUCUGAAAAUUCCAAUUUCAGGCUAUCUAGUUAGUGAAUAAGGAUCCCGUCAAGUGUUCUACACCGCAAAGAACAAAUCUGUACUUUUUGAUACGGCUACGGUAAAUAUCGUUCACAAAGGUGUUUUGUGUCUAUAUAUAUAUUAUAUAUUAUAUAUGCGAUAUAUUAUAUAUCGUGCAUCAGAAACCUCUUUUAUUUCAGAAGGACUUUACAAACGUCUGAAUCUUCCCGUUCAUCCCGCUAAUGCUGCUGGAUCUGAAGUUAGUUGUUCGCUCUUGGCUACUGCUAGUAAAGCUUGUCGUAUACAAAUUAGCGGCCUAGUCUACCUGAUACUUAUCUGGCAUUAGAAGCAAUAGGUUAGUAUUGCGUACCAUUUCAGGGAAUAUUCCGCAAUUUGUGGCCAAUUCAAAGUUGAGGACGCAAAUCCUGACCUUCACUUGGCAUUGUACGCUGUUUGAUUUUAUCUACUUUGCACUUAACAAUAUGGUUAAAAACAGUUACACUAAAGGGGAAGUUUUUGAGGCAUCUUGUGAGGCUGACUGGGAAAGUCAGUCAGUUUCCAGUCAUAUCCUCGAUCAUAUAACUCGAUCAGGUUUCAAAGAUGGAUUCAGGAGUUUCAGCCGAAUUUCAUGUCUUUUCCGAUACCUUCAUAAAAAUAACUGACGUUCGCACCCGGCUGAUAAUAAUGGCUUAAAAGAUGGACAAUAAAUUUUCUUGUUGGACCGCCUUUGUUAGCGCCGCAUGAACCUCUCAUCAUAGAACAAACAUUAAGUCUAGUUAAUCGGUUUAGGAAUGUCCAGGCAAUUAUUGAAACAUAUUUGAAACAUUUAUACAUGCGGUAUAAAUGGAAAUUUUACAGAACGCGAGAUAGCAAUAGACGAACUAGUUGCUCAUUAGGCUGUAUUGAAACUGGUCAUGUUCGAGUCCGAUCCGAGAACGGCGCUGUAAGACGGUCAAUCAUGAAGUUGGUCGUUCUGGAUCCGAAUUCAACAAAAUGGAUUCAUCUGCGGUCCUCGCAACUGGUUCACCCAUGCAAACCGAGUCCGACUCCAUAUCUGUGGAUUCAACUGCGGCACCGGUCCCUUCUAAUAACUUCAAAAUUGAAAACUCGCGAAGCGAUUCCAGAUCUUUGGGUCCAUUCCUCAGUCGUUGGAAGAGUCGACAAAAAAAAAUAGGUUCCGAUUCAAGAAUGACGGCAUGCAUCGAAGAAUUGCUAACAAGUGUAAUGAUUGACAUACCAGGAACUGCCAAAGUAAAAGAAAGGAAGAUCACAACCCUCUUCUUCGCAUUGAUUCGAAGACCGCGUUAAACCCAUAAGUAAUCGUCGGCGUCGCCCGCAAACGGAUUAAAGGCACCGGACUGCAAAACGGUCCCUUAUACUACUCUCGUUAUGAAACUUUAAAUAUUUCAAUUUUUUUAAUAACUCAGCAAUUUUAAUAUUGGUUCAAUCACAUACAUUUGCAUUGUUUGCUGAA